UUCUAGCCCACGUUCCCCAACCUGACUGGCACCAUGACACCUCACCCACGGCCCGUGACGAUCAAUCACCGAUCAGCAUGGCUUAGUGGCUUUUACCUUGUGAACCUCGUGUGUAUGCCAUUCUUGGUCUACCUCACAGAAGUGUCGCCCUUGGCCAUCGUGCAUCGACAGAACCAGCCCCCGUUUCCCCUCGCCCCUGCGAUGACGCACGCCCUCGCCCAGCAAUACGUGGCACAAUUUCAAAUUCUUUACAACGUGACAACCCUCCCGCGCAACACUGGGUACGUGUACGACCGCGACCGCGUCGUCGACGUCAUGCGCACGGUGGUCUCGCCCUCGGACUGCGCUAACCCCUCGACCCUGCUAAACGGCAUCUUGGGGGUCGCGUACUUCACCCCCGACGCCAAGAGCGCCGUCUUGAGCUGCGUGUGCGGCAACACGACGACUGUCGACGUGCGGCGGGCUUGGCGGUUGAACUUGAUCGUCGCACCGUCGUCCACCAACGCCUUGUGGAUUGUGCCGGGCAACGACCUCAACGGCCACAUGGGGGCGAGCUACACCGUGUACUACCUUUUUGUACCGGACAAACUGUCAGCCCCGUGGCUCAUAGCCAAGCUUGUUUACCGCGGGUUACUCAGCGUGGCCAUUCUUGGCUUGGCACUGAGAGGUUACUACCGCCAUAUUCGGCAAUUGCGCACCGACUUGACGCGGUUCCCCCUGCAGUCCCCCACUACAAACGGCAACGCCAUCGCCCGAUACGAUGUGGUUGUUGGCGAGCCGUCGUGUUUGAUCAUGUCCAACCCGUGGGUGUGCCUGGCCUUUGUCGCAGAUAUUAUCGCGAGUACUGAAUACAUGGGCCAAAGCUGUCUCCGCCUGUGCCAGACCCAAAGCCUAAUCUACUUUGGCAUGGCGAUGGUAUACCUAGGUCGCCUCGUGUGGUGUGCGUACGGCACGUUGGUGGCUCACAACGCCGUCCGGAAGAGGUGGAAGUGGACCGCGCUGUCGUCACCCGUCGACUCGACGCAAGUGGUGGUGUUGGUGUACUUUGUGGGGGGGUUCCUCACAUUUGUGCAGGCGUUGUGGCCAGCGCUCAUCAGCGUGUACACGUGGCUGUUUUGUCUUGACAGCAUCGAAGCCUUCGACGCCCCCGACCGCCGCCUUGUGGCCAUGAACAUCGCCCUCGUGAUAUCUGUGUAUUUGCUCACAAUAUGCGGCACGCCGUACAUUGUUACGGCGGGGACGCAGUUGACUCGCUUCCUAUUUCCCCGAGGCGUGGGCUACUCGUGUCGAAAGGUCCGGCACUCUGUGUCCCAGCAGCGCGUGGGCGGGAGCCGGCGUCUUUCACCAGCCCGAUCGCCCGACUCGACUAAUUCCGCGACGCUCGCAGUGCUGCGUCCGCCAGCGUUACUGACUCCCAACGACACGAAGGGCUAUAUUCGCCAGUGGUUUUGCCCGAUACAAGGCAGUGUGGUAUGUGUGGGGGGGUCGAUGUACCAACUGUUCCAUGCCCAUCCAGGGAUGUUUCAAGUGCAAGGGACGAUCAACCAGACUGCGAGCGACUGUUUUGUAUGCGGGUACGACAAAUCGGAUGUCCUCGUCGAGGUCGUGUGUGUGAGUUUGGUGUCGCAAGUGGACUUGACGCCGCACAAACAUGACGGUCGAGACGUUGUCACAUAUUUGUCUCGAUCGAUCGACUCGAUUGGGUGCGGCACCACCACCGUCCGCAACAACCCCGUGACUGAGUUUGCCGUGGGGAGGCUCGUGGUGGGAGAACGUCGGGACGACGACGGCAGCUGCGCUCCGUCGAUCGAGCUGCGACGAGGCGCCAAUAACUCGGCGUGGAUCAUGUAGACACAGAACGAUCAAUAGAAAAAAAACACUACUAGUAGUACUCUGGAGUGUACUGCUACUAGUAUGUACCUAUUCGUACUAAGUUUUCUUUGCUGACA